CCCCCAAGGACGAUAAGAUUUGUAAUCAGGGAAAAACACAGGACGAGAACGGAAAAGUCCUAGCUCUGUGCGGUAAUCAUUUGCAUUUUCCCGGAGGGAAAACGUGGCGGUGUGGCUGUAAGUGACCAACCGAAUUCUGUGUGCUCACGUAAGGACGGUCAGGUUCGACGAUGACUGGACGGGGCCGAAAUCAAGGUACAAAACUCGAAACGACCAUCGAGCAGUGCCGCAGCGAAGGACGAUGGAAACGAGUGAUCGAGUUGGCCGAAGAGCUGAAAACGGGUUAUCCGCAAGAAUGUCUUGCCAACUUUCUGACGGGUGAGGGAAAACUGGAGAGCUACCUCGAGGAACAUCCGCCCAUCGAGGACAACUACUCGAAGGCCAAGCUGGGCCUUUCGGAAGCGAAGCGCUAUCUCAAUUCCGUCACCGGUGAGCACGGCAAGAAGGCAGGUUUCGCCCUUGAUGCUCAUCUACUGCUCGCGAAGCUGUACUUUGCCUGUGGCCAGUACGAAGAAGCGUUGCAAAACUUUGUCCUGGCCGAACUGAACACCCUCUCCGAGAAGCACCUUUCAGCGAGAAGCAUCCGAAUACUGGCAGAGUCGUACGCAAUUAAGGGAAUGUGCCUGGAGAAGAAGGGUGCCAAAGCACCCUCCAAGUUCAAGCAAGCCGAGCAGGAAACGGACAUGAUAACGUGUUUCGAGCGUGCCGCCGAUCUGGGUAUUCUGUACUUGCAGGGACAGGACAGCAGCAACGCUGCGAACCAGAACGAAGUACGCCGUAUGGGUGCCAUCCUCGAGACGGGACUGCAGCGUGCACCGAUCGUACUGAUCAAAGCAGGCAAGUUGCAGAAUGCCAUCGAACGUUACCGAGUGAUGCUGAGUGCAGUCGAAACGAAGGCAACCCAAACACUUCGCCUUACGCUCGCUCGCCAACUGGCCGAGGUACUGUUGCGUGGUGUCUCGGGAACCAUCUACACACCCACCGUAAAUGCGACACCGACCCGGAAUACUCCGGCCACCGGGAAGCGGUUAUGGGAACCACGCAAGUACUCCGGUCGGCAGCAAUUUGUGCCGAAGAAUCAACACGAGGAAACAAUCCUACUGCUGCUGAUCGCCGAAGCACUGGCCGUACGUGAUGCCGUCCUUUCGCAAAGUCCCGAGUUUCGUGAUGCUCGCGUGCACUCACUCGGUAAUGCCACUGCCAUCUACGAUCUGCUGACGCUAGCAACGGUACGCUGGAAUCAGGUUGCUUUGUUGCAUGAUUCGUUGGAGAAGGCACUCAAGUUUGCGUUCGGUGAGAGUCACGUGUGGAAGCAGUACGCAACCUGUCUGAUGGCACUGGGACGCUACAAGCAUGCCGUCUGUGCCCUGAAGGAACACUCGAAACUGGAACCCACCGAUAGUGUAUCCUGCUUGAUGGCGGCACGCAUCUGUUACGAGCAUCUGGAUCAGGUGAAAGAUGGGCUGGCAUUCGCAGAGGAAGCAUUACGCAAGGAAAUGAAGGGCGGCGGUCCGGGAGGAUUUGUAAAUGGGCGUCGAUCACGGGCCCAACUGUACGUGGGAAUCGGUCUGCAGCAGGUGGCCGUAUCGUCGAACUUGGUCGCGGAAAAGGAUCGUUACCAUCGGCUGGCGUUCGAGGCACUCGAGCGAGCCGCUCAACAGGAUCCCAACGAUCAUCUAGUCGAGUACUAUCUGGCCUGCCAGUGUGCACUGAAUCACAACAUCACCGAAGCACUCGCUCACAUCACGACCGCUCUUUCGCUAAGGGCCGAACAUGCAUCGAGCUUGCUGCUGUUUGCUCUCCUGCUAACGGCCAAUCGACGCCCACGGGAAGCACUGGCCGUUGUGCAGGAUGCGGUGGAAGAGUUUCCCGACAAUCUGAAUCUGUUGCACGUGAAGGCCCAUCUUGAGCUGUAUCUGCGCGAUGUCGAAACGGCCCUGGAAACGGUGCAGCAAAUGUUUAACAUCUGGCGCGAAGUCUACGAGGUACAGUUGGCCAACGCAGCCAACGAGCACGAAAUGGAGAAGCAGUCCGAUACGCGAAGCGUCAUUCAGAUGCAGUCAUCCCAGAUGUCCGACAAGGAUUCCAAUUCCAUUCAUGCGGCAUCAUUGGCGGCAUCGCGUAUCGAGCAUGCACUCAGCGAAGCAGCCAGUUCGCUCAGUUCCUUUAGCCCUCGGCCCGGACCGCAGAAAGCGUGGAUGAUCCAGUUCAAGGUUUGGUUGCUGCUGGCGGACGUCUACUUGGCGAUCGAGCAACCGAACGAAGCGAUCAACUGCAUCCAGGAGGCGAGUCUGAUCAAUCCCGUCUCCCAUCAGGUCAUGUACAUGCGUGGACAAAUUCACGUUUUUCAAUCGCAAUGGCCCGAAGCGAAGCAGUGCUUCUUGAAUGCCGUAUCUGCUAAUCCGUAUCACACGGACACACUGCGUGCGCUCGGUGAGGCCCACCUAACACUCGGUGAACCACGGCUCGCGGAGAAGACGUUGAAAGAUGCGGCCAAAAUUGAUCCAAAUUGUCCCAAGAUUUGGUUCCUGCUAGGUCGCGUUAUGGAGAGCCUCGGUGACUACACUGCUUCGGCCGACUGUAUGGCAACGGCCCUUCAGCUGGAACCCUUCUGUCCGGUUCUACCCUUCAACACGAUCGCACUCGUGUUUGAGUAAACCCCGGACCCCUCUUCCACUGCGCUGUCAGUCAGUGAUGCCCUUAUCUAUUAUCCACUAAUCGUUCCCCGUCGUCGUUUGUUGACUACUUUUAAGGAUGUUCAAAAUUAACAAUCAAUCCUCUUUUUUUAACAAUUCUAGCUCUUGGCGGGUGCAUAAUCAUAUCAAUUUUAGUCUUUUGACGAUCGAGUCAGAUCAGGCAAGGUCUCGACGCUUUGCUAGCGUAGUGGUGGUAUCGCGUCGGUGAUCGCGAUCUCGCUGACGACGAUCGGGUUCAGGCUGUUUCGAAGCAUUUUCGUUACCAUCCCACACACUCGUAUUACGGAUUACGGGGGAGUUUUAGUAAUACUAAGUGUUCCCUUGAAGGUUAUUUGGUAGGCAUUUGUUAUAUUUGUUGGUAUUAUUAGAUACUGGGUCCCAGAUUUGGUUCAUUUGGGUUUGUUUUCUUUUUCUUCAUUCCCUGUGAUCGUAUAAUGUUACCGGUAAAAGAGAAAACAACGCUAGUUAAGAACCGACUACCUACGGGUAAUCCUUGAUGUGUAUUAUUGGACGAUGUGUCCCCUCCCUUUAAUGGUCGUUUCAAGUGUUCCAAACGUGCGGGAUCAAAGCGGUAUUCUGUUCUAAGGUAUGAAGGCAAAACUAAAGUUAUAAACGAAAGAGAUAAUAAAGUUUCAAUCGUAUCACCGGA